AUGAAAAAGACCCCCUUCUUUUUUCUCUCUCGUGGGUUUUUGGUUUUUGGUCUUUUUGUUCUGUUGGGUGUCGCCGGCGGCGGUCGAACAGAGAGAUACGCCAUCGGUUGGGAUGAUUUGCAUAUCGAUGCUCGCCGGCAGGGGCUGAACUCCGGCGACAACGGCGGCACUCGGAUUAUUGUGGUGGAUAAAAAUUGCUCCGGCGACUCGCCGACGGUCCAAGGGGCGGUGGAUUUGGUUCCUCAUUAUAAUAAACAGAGAGUCAAGAUUUAUAUUCUUCCCGGAAUUUACAGAGAGAAAGUAACUAUACCAAGCACCAAGCCAUACAUUUCACUGAUAGGAAACAAACGACGAGUCACAGACACUAUCAUUACAUGGAAUGACAAGGCAUCCGAUAGAGAUAUCAAUGGAGGUGAACUCGGGACAUAUAGAACAGCGACUGUUUCGGUCGAAUCUGACUAUUUUUGUGCAACAGGAAUCACGUUCGAAAAUACAGUGGUUGCUGAGCCAGGAGACAGUGGAAGACAGGCAGUGGCUCUAAGAAUUGCAGGAGAUAAGGCAAUGUUUUACAGAGUCAAAUUCAUAGGACAACAAGAUACACUCUUGGAUGACAUAGGCACUCACUAUUUCUACCAAUGCCACAUUCAAGGAAGCGUCGAUUUCAUAUUUGGGAGAGCUAGAUCGCUCUACGAGCAAUGUAUUAUAAGUUCCACAGCUGAGAACUAUGGAGCAAUAGCAGCACAUCAUCGGGACUCGGCAGAAGAAGAAACUGGGUUCUCUUUCGUACACUGCGUAAUCAAUGGAAGUGGCAAAAUACUCCUGGGAAGAGCAUGGGGAAACUAUUCAAGAACAAUAUAUUCUUACUGUUACAUUCAAGAUAUAAUAACUCCCACAGGAUGGAGUGACUGGGGUGACCCAUCAAGGCAAAGGACAGUAGUUUUUGGGCAGUAUAAUUGCAGAGGCAGUGGAGCUAACACACAAGGGUGGGUGCCAUGGGCAAAGACUUUCAGCUAUGAGGAAGUAAGACCUUUUCUAGAUAUGAAAUUCAUCAAUGGAGAACAAUGGCUUGACUUAUGA